GUAACGUGAGGGAACUCUUGAGUCCCUUAAACACAGUCCACAGCUACAGCUGCCGUGCCUCUGCAGACGCACGGCUGUGAACCGGCAGCGCAUGUAGACACUGAUGUACUGGUCAGUGGUUCACCGGAGCAACACGACGAGUUCGGUUCUUUAUACUUCCUCCUUAUUCUUCCUAUGACAACAAUACAGUUUUCUUAUUGGACUACAUUCUUGGCGCCGCAAGUGCCGUCUCGCAGCUGCGUGCCUCAGACUCAGUCAUUUCUUCGGGUGACCGCCGGCGCCCGGUGCGUAGUCUGCGUUGCAGCCGUUGUCCGGACGCAGGAUAAGUGAUGGAUGCAGUGUACUUCCAGCGCUGUUGCUUUGCCCUGGCUUCACAUCUCUGCGGCAGACAGCACUAGAAAUGUCCACGAGCUCCGCGAACCGUCCACGUCCCGAGGUUAGACUCUCAGUCAACAGAGAGCCCGAGUCACAAACAUAUCAACAUUCUACUCCCGGCAGACCAGAGUAGUCUGUCUCACCGCCUUGAUUGAAACUGCAGUAAAGACCAACAGGGCUGAGUGGUCCAGGACUUUUGGACUGUGUGUGUGUGUGUGUGUGUGAGGGGCUACCACCAUUGACCAGGCUAUGAGUGGUCUCAAAAAGGAGAGCCUUUCAAUGCUGAGCUGAGCCAAGGGAGCAGAACAGGAUUCAGGAACAGGAGGAAGAGCAGCCAUGGGGCUCGGACAGUCCAGCAAGGCUCCGGUCACUGAUGACACGGAUGAGGUCAACUUCGACCACUUCCAGAUCUUGAGGGCUAUAGGGAAAGGGAGUUUCGGAAAGGUCUGCAUUGUGCAAAAGAAGGACACGAAGAAGAUGUACGCCAUGAAGUACAUGAACAAGCUCAAAUGCGUAGAACGGAACGAAGUGAGGAACGUCCUGAAGGAGCUGCAGAUCAUGCAGAACCUUGAACACCCAUUUCUAGUCAACUUCUGGUAUUCCUUCCAGGAUGAGGAGGACAUGUUCAUGGUGGUAGACCUGCUCCUGGGAGGAGACCUGCGCUACCACCUCCAGCAGAACGUCCAUUUCUCUGAGAGCAUUGUCAAACUCUACGUCUGUGAACUAGCCUUGGCUCUUGGGUAUCUUCGCUCUAAACGCAUCAUACACAGAGACAUCAAACCUGACAACAUACUACUGGAUGAGCAUGGCCACGUCCAUCUCACUGACUUCAACAUUGCAGCGAUUGUCAAAGAGGACCUGAAGGCCACGUCCAUCGCUGGGACCAAGCCGUACAUGGCUCCGGAGCUUUUCCAAACAUUCGAGGGCGCCCACCCCGGCUACUCCUUCUCUGUGGACUGGUGGUCACUGGGCAUCACUGCGUACGAGCUCCUGAGAGGACAGAGGCCGUACGUGAUAAGAUCCAGCACACCGACCAAUGAGAUCCUUCAGACCUUCCACAAAGUCCACCCCACCUACCCAGUAGCCUGGUCGCUGGAGAUGAAGUCGCUUCUCAGAAAGUUGCUCUGCAUAGAUGUUCAAAAGCGGAUUUCCUGUUUAGCAGAGCUUCAGGACUUGGACUACAUGUCGGACGUCACCUGGGACGUUGUUCUCAGCAAACAACUCCCUCCAGGGUUCAUCCCUAACAGGCGAAGGUUAAACUGUGACCCUACAUUUGAGUUGGAGGAAAUGAUUCUGGAGUCAAAACCACUACACAAGAAGAAGAAAAGACUUGCUAGGAAGACCCGAGACCAGGGGUCAGAUGGCUCCCCACAGAAUGGUCAGUUACAGCAGCGGUUGGAAAACGUCCAGAGAGACUUUAUUAUCUUCAACAGAGAAAAGUCAAAGAAAGUAGAAGUGGUCUCACAGACGUCAGACCUCAUGACUGAGAAGAACAAGGCAAUAGAAGAUGGACAGAACAACAAUGUGAAACCUACUGAUUUUUUAUCAGGAUAGUUUUCCAUAACUAAGAUCCCAACGUAGUCCCUUAACACCUGCACCCGCCUACUGCUUGUAGAUCACACACAGAUCUGACAUCACACAGGCACAGGAAACAGUCCUCACCGCGAGGUCACUACGAUUAUAAAAAUAGGAGAAAAAAAUGCAGCGCGGUACGCGACCACCUCUGCAUCGCUGUUUACAUCCAUGAAAUAAAACAUAUUGCCAGGAGCUGCAGAACUGCAUGAGUGAAAAAAAACUAAUCCUGGAGCAAAAGCCAUGCCCGAGCUGGGCUCAGGGCUGGACCAUGCAUUCAGAGUUUCACUGGCUUUCAAAAUAAAAUCCUCUGCAAACAAAAAUAAGGAUGAAUAGUCAUUAGGUUGAACCACAACAACCAGGACACACGUAAAGAGCUAAACAACUUUAACAGUCAGGCUAACAAAGAUGCCAGUGCAGCAUCAGCUGUAAAUACAGGCAAAGGUUUCUGCCAACACAUCUUCGCUCGUGCUUUAAAUGACUAUAGAGCAAACACAGUUUCUAAAUGUAGCAUUUCACUGUAAAGCUUGAAAGUAAAAUGCCUAGUAACAGCAGACGCGUGUGUGACGGCAGGUGUGUUUUUGCUUCAACCAGGUGUUUAUGUUAAUUAAGCUGGAAGAGGUAAAUAGAAGAGCUAGACUAUAGAUGUUUUUACUGUGCGUUCCGCACAGAACCGUGUUGGGCACAUGCUUCGUCAUUUAAGCAUCAACGCAGAGACACAAAAAAAUGCUGUGAAAAAAACAGUACUUGUCCCUUUGGGAUAUGUUUUAUAGAUAAGGAUUAAACUAACAGUUAACGCAGUGUCAUUUAAAUCAGCUUUUGUUUAAUCGUUGUUAUUAACCUACGUUUAAUCUGUUCUUUAUCUUCUGUUUAAACCAGAUACAUUUGUGAUUUACGUUUACGUACAGUUAAUACAAAAUACUCAAAUGUUCAAUUUUCUCCAGAUACAGCUGUGUGGCAUUUGUUUGCAGGUAUUCGCCUUUAAUCCAAUUUUCAACACAAGCUGGAGAAAAGAGUGAAGGCAAAAAAUGUACAUAUUGAUUUUCACUGUUUAGUUUUGUCAACAAGAAUACACCCAAGGACACAAACACAUUCACAACCACAGCAAUACUAAUAAAAAAAUACUUCAGUAGCUGAAAGCAUUUACAGGAGCCCACACUGCAGGUUCCCACUGCUGUAGCUGUCUGUGUAAUGUAGAAGUCUUGACCUUUUAAACACAACCUUGUAAACUAAAUUUCUACUAAUGCCUCUAACGACCUUUAACCUAAUUUUCUCCAAUAUACAGAAAGGUUUUUUCAAUAUUAUAAAAAUAUAGACUAUUUAGUUUUAAAACGUGGUCUUAUUUAUGUUUAUAAUUGGUAAACGUUUUGAGAUAACUUUAUGUUGUUGUGCUGGUGACUGUAGUUGUUGUCUUUCAUCUAAUUUUACAAAUUUAAAUGCGGUUUCCUGUGUAUGACGCACCAUAAUGAAGGAUAGUUAAAACAGAUACAGGAUUUAGGUUUAAUUAAUUUCGUUAGGAAAUUACGAUGGUCUAAUAGAUUUUCCAAACAUUUCUAAAAACACACAACUGAUCAAUAAUUAGCGACAUCUAGGGUUUGGCCCAUAGAAACAUCUGUUCAAUCAAACGUAUCUAAGAAUAACAUAUCGUAGAUUAACCUCUGUUAGAAGUUUUGUUGUCAAUGUAUUUAUUGUACUCAAAUGUGAACUUUUAAGGUGUGCCUUAAUUAAUAACUUUCUUUUUCCUAACCAACCUCACUGUGUCGUGUGCUUUAUUUCACUCAUAUCUUUCUGACAUAUAAGUGGUUAAAUUUAAAAAAAAAAUAGUUGUAACGAUAUAGAUGAUGGCUGUGUAGAAGUAGAGUAAAUUUGUGGCUGCCCCCUACUGUUCACUGAUUAAAUGUACCUCCACCAGAGUUAAGGGCCUUCAUGAUGAUCUAAGCAUACAAAUAUGACCAACAUAAAAGAUAAACCGUUCAAAAAUGAGGGAGAAGGAUGAAUGAAAAACCCAAUACACAACACACUUGGCACCUGGUUUACAUCACAUUAACUCCAUUCCGUCGUUUCUUUUCAACACUUCUAGUAUCACACAUGAAUCAGAGGCUUUUCUAAUCUUCUCCCAACUCCUCACCUGCCUCCCUUUCCUUUUC